AUGGCCCUGCUCCUGCGGCCCGUGCUCGCCGUCCUUUUCCUCCUGACCGCCGCUUUCAGGUGCCAGGAGCAGGCGCAGACCACCGACUGGAGAGCCUCCCUGAAGACCAUCCGGAACGGCGUUCACAAGAUAGACACGUACCUGAACGCCGCCUUGGACCUCCUGGGAGGCGAGGACGGGCUCUGCCAGUAUAAGUGCAGUGACGGAUCUAAGCCUUUUCCACGUUAUGGAUAUAAACCCUCCCCGCCGAAUGGAUGUGGCUCCCCACUGUUUGGUGUUCAUCUGAACAUUGGCAUCCCUUCCUUGACAAAGUGCUGCAACCAACACGACAGGUGCUAUGAGACCUGCGGCAAAAGCAAAAACGACUGUGAUGAGGAAUUUCAAUAUUGCCUCUCCAAGAUUUGCCGAGAUGUGCAGAAAACACUAGGGCUAGCUCAGCAUGUGCAGGCAUGUGAAACCACCGUGGAGCUCUUGUUUGACAGUGUUAUACAUUUAGGCUGUAAGCCGUACCUGGACAGCCAACGAGCCGCAUGUAGGUGUCGCUACGAAGAAAAAACUGAUCUUUAA